UUGUCACAUCCUAACCCCUCCGACGAGGCGGUGGUGUUUGAGACUGACAGCAUACUGACGGAACGCCGUCACUGCUGUCUGACUGAAUGACCCGGGCUGGGUACAGUGAGUGGUACUAUAUGAACUAACAGCAUAUUUAAAUGUUGAGGGUUGAACUCCAGUCUGAGACGCUGGAUAGCUCUUCAAAACGAAGUUACGUUAGCCGAAGCUAUUUGUUGCCUCAAGCUAGCAGCCCCUGUCAAGCUAGCCACUAGUAGCUGUCUGUGCCAAAAUGUCCACGACUUCGUUGGAUAAAGAAUUGCAGGAGCGACUGAGAGAAGCGUCUGCCAUCGGAGAUAUCGACGAAGUGCGUUCGCUGGUUGAAAGUGGGGUAAAUGUUAACUCACAGAACGAGAUCAACGGUUGGACAUGCUUGCACUGGGCUUGCAAGAGGAACCAUAAGCACAUAGUGUCCUACUUACUCAGUUGGGGAGCGGACAAAGAAAUCCUCACGGCUAAAGAGGAGCUCGCCUCUCAGCUUACGUCUAAGCCAGAGAUCAAGCGACUCUUGGGAGUUGAGGUGGAGGAAGUGCCUGAUGUCAAGGAGCCCGAGUUGCCAAUCAUUCCAAAUUACCUGUCCAACCCGCCCUUCAUGUAUUCUAAGAUGGACAAUAAGUCAGAGAUCCUCCAAAACCAGCACCUCACACAGAACGGCUCGAGAGACUACACCGAAGACACACAGAGUGAUUCAGCCUCGCUUUCCUCAACCGAUGAGCUCCAGAAACCCCAGAGCCUGGUCUCCGAUGGGCCCGCUCCUCCAACAAACCCUAUCGUCAAUCACAGCCAAGCUCCAGCUGUUGAAUUCAUUCCUGUGUCUGAGCAAAACGGCGUGUCACCCAGCAUGGCCUCGACCCACAGUCACACUGUUGUUAAUCACACAGUGCCUAUGGACCUCUCAGUCGAGCCUCAUCUGGUCAACCAUGCCGACUACUCUCAAAUGGUGGCCCACAAUGGUACUGUGAGUUCACCUCCAUUGACCUCGCCCCGUCCAGGCUUGUCUGGCAACAGUGGGAGCCAGGUCCAAGCUCCGGUGGCCAGCACGACCCCCACUAUAAGCAGACAACAGUCUGUUUCACAGCAUCUGAGCUACAACCAGGCGAAUGGGCCCAUGCCAGCUUUUCAGCCUUUGUUUUUCACAAGCACCUUUCCUGUCAAUGUACAAGAGUUGGUUCUGAAGGUUCGUAUUCAAAACCCAAAUGCACGGGAGAACGACUUCAUUGAAGUAGAACUGGAUCGUCAGGAGCUCACCUAUCGUUCCCUUCUGAGAGUCUGCUGCCGUGAGUUGGACAUCAGUGCUGAGCACGUGGAGAAGAUCCGCAAGCUGCCAAACACCUUGUUAAGAAAGGACAAGGACGUGGCUCGGCUGCAGGACUUUCAGGAGCUGGAGGUUGUGUUGGAGAAAGCAGAAGGCAUGUCUCUUUUCUCUGGGACGGGAAGCCUAACAGACAGACCCUGCUACAACAUGAAGGCUUCUCGCCUCACUUACUGAAGUCACCGCAAAUCCAGAGGUGUCGCUGAUGAUGACGGGCUACUGUAGCUUCCCUCAGAUAGUCGCCCCGCCCAGCUCCUUUGUUCCAGCUUUGAUGUUUUACUAAUAUUCCAGCUGGGGUUUGUUUGUUCAGCUCUAGCUAUUGUCCUCCUUCUGUCCUCUUCUGGGCCUUUUGCUGCUUUACUGUACCCAAAUCAGUUCCAAGCGAAAGCUGAUGCAUGGUAUCCUCAAAUAUGUGCAAAAUGUUUGACCCUCUUUAUCACGCUCUCCCACUUGCCUGUGCCAAGGCUCAAGUGGGUCAACAGAGGGGGACGUUGGCCUGUCUUCCUAAUGGGCUGGACUCUGCAAUGGCCUUAUAAGGACAAGUUUUUAUUCUGGCUCUGGACUUCAGGAAAAUUGGCCAACAAGACAUCAGAAAGGAUUAAUGUAACUCUUUCUAAUCAGAUCACCACCCGACCGCCAUGCAGGACAAGUUGCAGCACAGUGGACCACACAGCAGCCGUAGUUUCUGACAAAAUGAUCUAUUUAGUGAUAUCAAAUAGUCUUGGUUGUGCACACAUGCUCUUUGCGUAAACUAUAGUGUCUUCUCACAGACAGUAUGUUAUUAUCCAAAGUAAAGCAAAGUUUAUCUCAUAUCCUUUAACCUUUCAAAUUGGCUGCCAAUAUAAGUAUCUUUUCAUCUCUGUCCCCUCAUGGAUGGAGAGAGUUUAGGAAAUCUUCACUUUCCUGUUUUUGAAAAUCCUUCAGCUUUACACUGUGGUUAGGAAUAACACAGGAACUAUGUUUUCCUCUCGGGCGUAACACUACAUCGCUUCUUCCUCUUUAUGUUCAGCUGCCGGCAAAUGUGACGCGAGCGCCAUGUUUUAGUUUUUUGUCAUGUUAGUCUUCGCUGAUAGAGCUGAGGCAUAUCUUGCCCUCCGUCUGAGUACAACUUAAACGUUUUAAAUCAAGAAUGGUGUUAGAAACGUUUUCCGUCGCUGCCAGUUUGUUUAAUGUUGAUGAGAAUCGAGACCAAAAAAAAAAAAAAAACCACUGAACUAGCCAGCAAAGACGCUAAUGUCAGUAACAAACCUAUCACUGCUUUAGAAGAGAAUGUAGCUUUGUUAAAACAGUUAAAGACCACACUUAAUAUCAAUAUCUAUCAUAAUUAACGGUUUGCUAUUCAGAGCCACUGUGCAAUUCUGUUUUUGAACCAUUAUUUCAGAACUAACAUUUGCCUUUGACGCUUUUUAUAGCUCGACAAUUCACUCAGACGUUGACUCAAAGAAUAUCAACACUGUCGGCAAAUAGUUGUUUGCUGAAAAAGACCUACUCUUGUAUUAGAUGGCGGUGUUGUUUAUGCUGCUCAUGUUAACAUGUUACUGGGGUUCGUAUUUAAAGUGCAGUAAGUGGACACUAAACAUGUCUUACAAUCAGCGUCUUACCUUGUGGUGAGAGUUUAAUGCUCUGAGCCUCUAACUCUUUGUUUUUAUUUAAGCUUAAGUAAUGUGUGUGUAUCGUUUUUAACCAGCUAGGCCUGUUUCGUUUGUGUCAGAAAACAAAUCUACAGUUUUGCAGGAGUUUAUCGCUGAUGAUGGAAAGUACCGAAAGGCUUUUGUUGGAGGACGACGUGAAGGAAGAGGAAUUUGUUUUCAGUAAGAAGAGCAGGAGAACUUUUAAGAGUAGUCAUGCCAGAAUAACAAAUAAAUGUUGCUGCCUGGGAGAACUUUGCAUUUUUUUUAAAAACGAAAUGAUCUUUUGUGGAAAGGGGAUGCCUACGUUGUGUUUGUUGGUUGCGCAUUAUUUCAAAAACCAGAAUACAGUUGAAAUUAACCUAUGCAUCCAGAGUCUGAUAUUUUUAUAUACAGUAGGACCUGUAUACAUGUACAAACAAACUAAUAAUAGGCACUGUUAAAAAUGUGUUUUUGUUCUGGAAACCUCUGUUCUUUGAUAAAGCAUGUUAAAUC